AUGCUUCAUUUUACUUCUUCGAUACCUGUGGUUGGUACACAUCAUGACAAUUAUCCUCACACGCCCGGAGACCAUGGAGCGCCUUCUCAUGGGGGAUCCGGUUCAGCAUCAGGUACCGACAGAGCUGAAUACAACCCAGUAUUGCAAUGUAUAGUAGCUGGUGGCGUUGGUGGAGCAAUAGGAGAUUCAGCUAUGUAUUCUUUAGAUACUGUGAAGACUAGACAGCAAGGUGCGCCUAGUGUAGUCAAGUAUAGAAACAUGGCGAUCGCUUAUCGAUCCAUCGCUUUAGAAGAAGGGUUCAGACGAGGUUUAUAUGGAGGUUAUGCAGCAGCAAUGCUGGGGUCUUUUCCUAGUGCAGCAAUAUUUUUUGGGACUUACGAAUACAUUAAACGGGAAAUGAUUGAAAAGUGGCAAGUCAAUGAGACAACCACCCAUUUAAUUGCAGGAUUUUUGGGCGACUUGGUAUCAAGUGUGGUCUAUGUUCCAAGUGAGGUGUUGAAGACAAGAUUGCAAUUGCAAGGAAGAUACAAUAAUGCACAUUUUAAUUCUGGUUACAAUUAUCGUCAUCUAAGACAUGCGGUGUUUACAAUUGUUAAAAAUGAAGGCCCUCAAACAUUGUUUUUUGGUUACAAAGCCACUCUGGUGAGAGAUCUUCCAUUUAGUGCUUUGCAAUUUGCGUUUUACGAAAAGUUCAGAAAAUGGGCCUUCUCAAUCGAGGGAAAGCCGCUCGAUAAAGAUUUGUCAAUCUCAAGUGAGAUAGUCGCUGGUGCUCUUGCUGGUGGUUUGGGCGGAGUAAUCACUACUCCGCUAGACGUAAUAAAAACCCGUCUACAAACUCAAAUACCGAAUUCAACAGCCAAUCUUAAUGGUAUUCCGCAACUCAACUCCGUAAAACCAUUGAGACUAUCCAGCUCUAUCCUCAGUGGCAUGCUUGUGGUUUACAAAACCGAAGGCAUAUCAGGCAUAUUCAGCGGUGUUGGGCCAAGAUUCAUUUGGACUAGUAUACAAAGCAGCAUAAUGCUGUUGCUAUAUCAAACAACUCUAAAGGCACUGGACAACUACGGUCUUUCGAAAAAGUUAACCUGA